CAUUAUUUCUAUGCAGCCAUAGACUCCCUUGAACUACAAUAAAAGCAGAGAACUCCAAAUAAUUCCCUUUUUUUAAACUGCAAAAUGCUAUACUAGGAUGCAGCCAUGGCAGUUAAAAGCGGGAUGAAAGCGCUAUAAGAGUGUAGUGUGGAUGCAGAGCAAUGUUAUUUAUUUAUUUACGUUAAAGGCUGCUCCUGUUCCUUUAAAUAUAGAAAGCAAACCAGGAAGGAGCCAGGCUGAAGCAUGCAGCAGAGCCAUCUUUCUCCUCCUCUCUCCCUCCAGCAGAAAGUCAAUUAAUUAAUUUGUUUGUUUAUUCCUCUUUGCAUGGCAUUAAAUUAAACCAUGGAGCUCGACAAUUACAGGGACUACAACCUGACAGAGGAUCAGAAGCUCAUCAAGGCUAAAUAUACCCCCAUCUUGAAGAAGUAUGAAUAUCUGGACCAUACUGCUGAUGUGCAGUUGCACGCCUGGGGAGACACCUUGGAGGAGGCGUUUGAGCAAUGUGCCAUGGCCAUGUUUGGGUACAUGACUGAUACAGAAACAGUGGAACCUCAUGACACAGUAGAAGUGGAGGCAGAAGGACAUGACAUGUUGUCUCUCCUCUUUCACUUUCUGGAUGAAUGGUUGUAUAAAUUCAGUGCCGAAGAGUUUUUUAUCCCCAGGGAAAUCAAAGUGAUUUCUAUUGACCGAUCAAGAUUUAAAAUGAGGUCUAUUGGGUGGGGAGAGACAUUCUCGUUGUCCAAGCAUCCCCAGGGCACAGAGGUCAAAGCAAUAACCUAUUCAGCAAUGCAGAUCCAUGAAGAUGAAAAACCGGAGGUGUUUGUCAUAAUUGAUAUCUAAACGAAGGGAAGCGUAUGAUGAAGACAAUGGCAGGGUUCUCCUUUCCUGGCAGAAGCAUCAUACAGGCAAGGAGUCUGCUAUCCUGGAAUGACUCCGGAGCUGAGGAAUAUCCAAAUCUAGUUUGUUACUGUGGAUGACACAUCAAGCAGGAAACCAUUUAAAAAGGAGAAUUUGUUUGUACUGAAAGAUUAACCAAAGCCCAGGUGUGAUGUUUAUGGUGAUGACUAUAAUGUUGUUUUGGAAUUUUUAUAAAAACAUGGGAUUGUGAGAAUCGGAGAAAUGGAUAUUCUUCCUUAAUGGGGAAUAGGAUGGGGGAGACACAGAAUUUUAAAACUAUCUAUUCUCUCCCUAUUUUAAUAAAACUAUCUAUUGGUUCCUUCUGUUCUUACAUGCCUUCCAGUCAAUUCCAAUUUUGGCAACCCUAGCCUAGGGCUUGCUUGACAAGAUUUCUUCAAAGAAGGUUUGUCCAAUUACAUAGACUUCACUUAGCUGUCCAUUUUUGUGAGAUCUUUCCAUCAAUUAUGGUUACGUACCCUUCAGGCUGGGUUAAAUGCAGGGCAUAUUUUUCCCCAAUAUAAAUAAAACCCAGUUUUUAAACCAUGUCUAAUUGUGCAAAUCAAAGCAAGGAGAGGAUUUGCGCUUUUAAUUUAAAUAUCUGUUAACUAUUUUUGAGUAUAAAUAAAAUUAAUAUUGAAAAUA